CUUAAUUACAUAGGAUAUCCGUUGAAACUGGAUAUUAGCAGACCCAGACGUUACGUUGCGCUGCACAUAUAUGCACAGUGUUCCGCUUUUACCGCAUUAUCUUUCAGCGAUCCUUGCAACGUCGCAUCUAUAUUUAUGAUCGAAAGCCUUAACAUUCGAGAAAUUCAAAAAUAUUAUUUAGUAAAAUAUUAUUUCGUCAUAUACAUUCGGCAAGCAAAAAGUAUAUUUGCACACCUCGUCUUAUUUGGGACAAUUUUGCUGCAAUGUGCUCUUUUCUCAUAUAACCCCCAAACUUCCUAAAGGGACGUCCUAAAGACGUCCUCGGGACGUCUCUCGGCUGAAGUAUACUGUGUAGGUUAUUCAAUAUAUUAAUAAAAAAAUUCACCUAUUACAUACAAUAGACAACUUUACAAAAAUAUUCUUUCCUUUUGUACAAAUUUAUUAAAAAAAAAAACGUCAGAUAUAUUUCCCUAAGGGUUGUAUUUUAAUUUCCAAAGUAGUUUAUCCCUUCUGUCAUUGAUUACCCGAGCAUAAUAAGCUCGUUGACAUUCUCACGGGAGACAAAUCGACUUCAGUUCGUAGGGGAGCGGCCGGAAUGAGCCGGUCUGCCAUUCGAAUGCGACGCGGUAGAGUCGGGACACCCCGUAUAAGCACGCUACGAACGGACUCGUGACAGCGCCGCGAGCGCACGUGACGGUAACAACGCGGCGCGUCGUAGCGAUGCGUCGGGUAAGUUUUUGUUCGCAUGAAAAUACGCGUCAGCGCCCGUCGUCGUGCAGUCGUCAUUGUCGAUGUUCCGCGAACGCGCACCCGCGAUAUCAGUCGGGUGAUUCGCGGGAACCGAGCGAAAUCGGGCGUCUGCGGUGCACAACUCGGCUGUGCAUAACCUCAAAGCAGUGCGAUAAGCAACCUUUUGGGUCGGAGGAGGCGGAAAAGGGACGUGCCGUCGGUUUUCCUUGCGAGCGGACACGCCGAGCAGACGUAUAAGGACGUCGCUCGGUCCGCGCGCGCGACAUUGUUGUGGCACGACGUGGCCGGCGAUCGAUGCGAUUAAAGGCGGAAUUAUUUAUCGUCGAGCUUAUAGGUGAUCUAACCUAUAGUAUCACCACCACCAGUGCAACCGCCGCCGUUCGUACGCCCAUCCGAUGCGACAGCGUUGCCCGGCCAGGCGAAUGCGUGUGUAGAGGUGUUUUUGUGCACGCGUGUACGUACGUGCAUUCCCGGCGGAUUAAAUAUGAAUCGGGAAAUCGGACGUAUUGCGCACGGUGACAUGUGUGGCACGUGCUAGCUCGAUUCGGCGACGUAUAUACAUCAGCAGCGAUCAUGGAAGUCGCGACCACGAAGCUGCUGCAGUGGUUCAACGAACUCAGAUCCCGCGUACACCUCUAUCUGCACGCCCAGACCCUUGGUCCGAUAAGGGCGGAAAAUGGUGGCUCACAGGGUGAGGAUCAACCACCUACGCAGCAUGGUGAUAGCGAGGAGAGGGUCAUCUUUGUCAAUGCUCCGCAUCAACCCGCGAAAUACAAAAACAAUCACAUCACCACUGCGAAGUACUCGUUUCUGUCAUUCGUACCGUUAUUCCUGUUUGAACAAUUCCGUCGUUACAGCAACUGCUUCUUCCUGUUCAUCGCACUUAUGCAGCAAAUACCAGACGUUUCCCCGACAGGACGGUACACAACAUUGGUGCCACUGAUUUUCAUCCUCAGCGUAUCCGCUUUGAAAGAGAUAGUCGAGGACAUUAAGAGACACAGAGCGGACGAUGAGAUAAACAUGAGGGAGGUGGAGGUCCUCAGGGACGGGCGCUGGCAGUGGAUACAGUGGCGUGCUGUGGCCGUCGGCGAUGUAGUUAAGGUCCACAACAACACUUUCUUCCCCGCUGACUUGAUCUUAUUGUCGUCAUCGGAGCCGCAGGGUAUGUCCUUCAUAGAGACCGCCAACUUGGACGGCGAGACGAACCUGAAGAUCAGACAGGCCCAUCCCGACACUGCCAAUCUUUUGGAUACCGCGGAAUUAAUGAACUUUCGCGCGAACAUACAAUGCGAGCCGCCUAACAGGCAUUUGUACGAGUUCCACGGAGUCUUACGGGAGACCAAUAAGCAGAGCGUAGCUUUAGGGCCCGAUCAAUUGUUACUUCGUGGCGCGAUGCUGCGGAACACACGAUGGGUGUUCGGCGUGGUCAUAUACACGGGCCACGACACGAAGCUCAUGCAGAAUAAUACAGCGACGGCGCCGUUGAAGCGAUCCACCCUCGAUCGGCUGAUCAACACGCAGAUACUGAUGCUCUUUUUCAUACUUCUUUUACUAUGCAUCCUCUCCGCGAUAUUCAACGUAGUGUGGACGAACGCCAACAAACACGGCCUCUGGUACUUGGGUUUGAACGAAGAAACGACAAAGAACUUCGCUUACAACCUUUUGACGUUUAUUAUUCUCUUCAACAAUUUGAUACCGAUAUCGCUGCAAGUGACCCUCGAGGUAGUGAGAUACGUCCAGGCGACGUUUAUUAAUAUGGACAUAGAAAUGUAUCACGCGGAAACGGACACGCCAGCGAUGGCUCGUACCAGCAAUCUAAACGAGGAACUCGGAAUGGUGAAUUAUGUGUUCACGGAUAAAACCGGCACUCUCACGAGGAACGUAAUGGAGUUCAAGCGAUGCUCGGUCGGUGGGAAGAUGUACGAUUUACCAAUUCCCGUUAUCGACGACGAGGGUGUGAGUGAGACUUGUUGCGAGUUGAUCGAGGAUAUCAUGGAAGGAAGAUCGGUGCGGGACUCUCCAAAUCCUAUCGACAAGAAGAAAGCGGAACACGCUGCGGUGCUUCACGAAUUCAUGGUUAUGUUGUCGGUUUGCCACACGGUUAUUCCUGAGAAAGUGGAUAACUCGAUAAUUUAUCACGCCGCAUCUCCCGAUGAAAGAGCGCUGGUGGACGGGGCACGUAAAUUCGAUUACGUGUUCGACACUCGAACGCCACAUUACGUAGAAAUUGUGGCUCUAGGCGAGACCCUACGGUACGAAAUACUGAAUGUAAUAGAAUUCACUUCGGCUAGAAAGAGAAUGUCGGUGGUCGUGAAAACGCCCGAGGGAAAAAUUAAAAUUCUUUGUAAAGGGGCGGACUCUGUGAUCUAUGAAAGAUUAACACCAACUAACCCUAUAGAAGUUAGCGAUCUCGACCAAGAGCACAUAGAUGAUUUUCGUGACGCAACUUUAGAACACUUGGAAGCUUUCGCCAGCGAUGGAUUGCGGACGCUUUGUUUCGCUUCCGCCGAGAUACCCGAGAACGUUUAUCAGUGGUGGCGCGAGUCGUAUCAUAAAGCAUUGAUCAGCACGAGUAAUCGCGAGAAUAUGUUGGAGGAGACCGCGAAUCUUAUUGAGACUAAACUAACGUUAUUGGGGGCAACUGCAAUUGAGGAUCAGCUGCAAGAUCAAGUUCCGGAAACAAUACAGUCUCUCCUGCAAGCUGACAUCAAAAUCUGGGUAUUGACGGGAGAUAAGCAGGAAACCGCUAUAAACAUCGGUUACUCGUGCAAAUUGAUAACGCAUGGGAUGCCACUGUAUAUCAUCAACGAAUCCUCUUUAGAUAAAACGAGAGAAGUUAUAAUCCAACGCUGCCUGGACUUCGGGAUCGACUUGAAAUGCCAGAACGACGUAGCUCUGAUCAUAGACGGCAGUACCUUGGAUUUUGCUCUGUCGUGCGACAUCAGGAUGGACUUUCUGGAAUUGUGCUCGGCCUGCAAAGUAGUUAUCUGCUGCAGGGUGUCGCCUAUACAAAAAGCUGAGGUGGUCGAUUUAAUUACGAGCAACAAGAAAGCCGUGACACUUGCGAUCGGGGAUGGUGCGAACGAUGUAGCCAUGAUUCAGAAAGCUCACAUUGGCGUCGGUAUUUCAGGUGUAGAAGGUCUUCAAGCAGCUUGUGCCUCCGAUUACUCCAUUGCACAGUUUCGUUUUCUGAAACGACUAUUAUUCGUUCACGGUUCUUGGAAUUAUAGUAGAAUGUGCAAACUAAUAUUAUAUUCGUUUUACAAGAACAUCUGCCUAUAUGUCAUUGAAUUAUGGUUCGCAAUUUAUUCCGGUUGGUCCGGACAGAUUCUGUUUGAAAGAUGGUCCAUUGGACUUUACAAUGUGGUUUUCACCGCUGCGCCUCCACUAGCUAUGGGUCUCUUCGAUAAAGUGUGUUCAGCGGAAACUCACUUAGCUCAUCCAGGGCUGUAUGCGACGAAGAAUAACGGCGAAUCGUUCUUCAACAUUAAAGUAUUUUGGAUAUGGAUUGUCAACGCCUUGAUUCAUUCGUCGCUGCUUUAUUGGCUGCCACUUUUGGCUCUCACGCAAGAUGUGGUUUGGGCGAACGGUAGAGACGGCGGUUAUCUUUUACUAGGGAACUUCGUUUAUACUUAUGUUGUAGUAACGGUAUGCGCGAAAGCAGGUCUAAUAAUAAACUCGUGGACAUGGGUCACUCAUUUAGCAACGUGGGGAUCUAUUAUACUCUGGUUCUUAUUUAUUUUUAUAUAUAGUAAUUUUUGGCCCGUCUUGAACGUUGGCGCUGUGAUGUUAGGCAAUGACAAGAUGUUAUUCUCUUCGCCUGUUUUCUGGCUGGGACUUAUAUUAAUACCACCGGCAGUAUUGCUUUUGGAUGUUACAGUAAAAGCAGUGAAGAAUACAGUGUGGAAAUCGGUAACGGAGGCAGCCCGGGAAAAUGAAAUUAGAAAGUCGGAUCCCGGUGUUAUAUUCAACAAUCAGGACUACAGAAGCUCAUUGACGGAAACGGCGAGGCUGCUGAAAAACGUUAAAAGUGUUUUCUCCAGGCGCUCGAACGCCGCCUCCAGAGUCAAUGUCGAGGUGGAGCUAUCACAUGGUUUCGCGUUCUCGCAAGAGGAGGGCGGCUCGGUGACCCAGACAGACGUGAUCCGGGCGUACGACACAAAUCUUCCGAAACCCGGCGGCAUGUGAUUUAAACCGGGCAGUCGUCGUGCGGCGAGAUGAUGCCGGCUGCUUUCUCAAGCGGUCUGAAGCAGCAGCAGCAGCGGAGGGCUUCGCGAUUCGACGCUUCUACUCUACGUCUUUACUCGACUGACGCGGCUGACAGGGAUCGUCGGUCGGAUCGAUCAACCUCCGACAUGGAAUUGGCUCGAUGAUGGGCUCGAAGACACCCCCGAGAAGCUUCGGAAGCGAGACCCUCGGUUAGUCGCGCGCGUCCGCGCUGAAAUAGAAACUAAACUUACUUACGGCCUUUACUUCGAAUCCGAUGUAAUAAAUAGGCGGCUCCGCUACUGCUUGGAGAAAAACCGGGAUGCGUUGGAUACUUACGAUACCGGCGGUGAUUUUGCUCGACAUUCUCUCCACUACCGGAGCCGCAUCGUCCGGACGAGCGCGCGUAACGAAGCUCGCGUACGGCUGAUCGAGGGUCGUCGAGUAGCGUUAACGUUCAAACGAACAAUUCCUCUCGAACUUACUGCGAUCAAUUUGUAGAAGAGAGCUCCGAUAUUAGCACGAAUAAUUAUUUUGAUACUCCGUGAAAUUUUAUUCUAAUACUUGUAAUGCGUAGUGACCUCGUUAAAGUUGUCGAAUAGAGAGCGACGUAUAUUUCGCGCGCGGGGACUCGGCUAAGCGGCGACGCAUUCCGACGCGACUGCAUUUGGGUGAGCAUUUUGUGUUAGUGUCAAAGUGGAUGCGCAGAGAGAGAGAGAGAGAGAGAGAGAGAGAGAGAGAGAGAGAGUCCUAUUAUGCAUAAACCGAUAAACCGCUUACAUACAUCUAUUUCCUCGUAGAGCGCGCGCACGCUCAUUUCUAAUUGAGAAAGUCGCGCGAACCCGCGCAAGCUCUAACUCGCGAUCUUGAAUGUUAAUAAUAUACAUAUAUAUUUGUUCUGUGAAUGUAUAAAAGAGGAAGAGAUUCGUCGUGCGAGAUAAUCAUCCAGGGAUUCUCGAGCUGGUCUUCCCUGGAAUUGAGUACCUCUCUCUAUAUUAUAUAUAAUAUACGAUACAAAUAUAUACAACAUACAUCUAAAUUUGUACAUUUACAAAAUUGAGAAGGAAAAAAAAGAAGCUUCUGCGAUCACUCGACACGAUCGAUGGAGGAUUACGUUCGAUUUCGUGCCAGAAAAAGACUGUUCCCCUUGUUCUAUAUAUACUGUAUAUAUUACGUUACUCUUCUAAUUUUUGUUAACGGUACAACGUAUACUUCAUUACUGUAUAUACACGGAAACUGCGUUGUUAUCUAGUCAGAAUCUGAUGCCGACCUUUCAGUUCGAGAUUCACUCUUCCGCCCAUCAUAAUACACUUUUUUAAGUUUACGACUGAUGAAUUUAAUAAAGAGAAAAAAAAAUAUAUAUAUACAUAUAAUAUGUAAAGUAACAAUUGUAUACACUAUGUUCGGAAUAAAACAGUGAUAAAGAA